CUGCAAAAAACGCGAAUCUCUCUCGGUCUCUCUAUCCCGACAGCGAAAUCGAACUGCUUCGAAAACAAAGGUCGGGGGAAAUAAGCAACCCACCACCAGAAAUACGGAUCCCCAGCUCGCCGGCCAAUCGAAACUCCUAACGCUAUAUCGCCCUCAUCCCCAGGGUCCUAUGCUUUCUUAUCCAUCUUCUGGUGCACACUGAAACCCCACUGCAGUGGUCGAUUUAUGGUCACUAUAUUAGGCGGAGCUUGUAAAAUUAGGGUUUGGCAAAUGGCUCAGCUUUUUUUCUGGCUAUGAGGAAUUAGGUUUAGGUCCUUCGCGUAUCGAAUGAACGGAUACUUUUUUGGCGUUCUUUGGUUUUGGUAAUGGUGGUAAGUACUGUAACCCAAAUGCCUCGGGCAGAAUAAGAUGAUGGGUAGGGGUCCCGAUGGAGGUUGCGGCUCCGGCGAGAGGCCUUGCCGCCUUAUUUGUAGAGUUACUGCGCCAAACUCUCUGGCCGCUGCCGAACCUGAGGUUCCCGCCUCAAUGGAAAAGAAGACAGUUCAGUUGCUGGACGUUGAUUUCUUCUCACAGGCACGCAAAGCGUUGUGCGAGCGGUCACCGUUUGAUGUUCCUGAAGAACUUCCUGGUUCCGUUAGCUCGACUUCGACUACUUUGCCUAGUGGACUGGCCAGUUUGUUGAUGCAUUCUGAAAGCAGGAAAAAGAACAAGAAGUCACAUCAAAGCAGUGGUAAGAAGUCGUCCCGGGCAGGUGAACGUGCUAAAGGAGGGAACAUUUGGGUUGAGACUGGGGAUUACUUUAGGGAUUUGCGACUGACAGAUGUUGAUGCUUUGUUUGAGCUAUGUUCUUCUCUUAGGUCCCUAGCUGCUAGAGGUUGUUUUUCACUUCCAAACAUUGGAAAUGGGACAAAAGAGAGAUUUGAGUCCUGGUCUAACCAGGACAAUCCUGAUACUGAUCUGAAUGCCUGGAUGGAGAACCGAACUGGGAUGGUUUCAGAAAGUGAGUUGCAACAAGAAGGGCAGCAGCAGCGUGUGGAAAUUGAUAGGCUGGCAAUUCAAAUUGAUGCGACUGAGCUUUUGCCUCCUGCAGACAGUAGCUACGUCUCCCCUUCAUAUUUUUCUGGCGGCUUAGGUUGGGUUUUGGGCUGUAGGAACAGAAACUUGUUGACUUCAGAACGUCCUGCCAAGAAGCGGAAGCUGUUAAGUGGUGAUGCUGGGUUGGACAAGGUUUUGAUUGGUUUACCUUGUGAAGGCAACUCAUUAAUAUGUGAUUUCUGCUGCAAGGGCGACUUGUUGAAUGGUUUGAAUAAAUUAGUUGUUUGCUUCUCUUGCCAUGCUGCUGUGCAUAGUAAAUGUUAUGGUGUGCAAGGUGAUGAAGGCAGCCCUUGGUUUUGUACUAGAUGUAAGCAGAACAUCGAUGAUAAAGAUAUGGAGAAGAAACCAUGUGUUCUUUGCCCGAAGCAGGGCGGUGCCUCUAAACCAGUUGGUGACCAGAAUGGUAGUUCCAAAGCAGAGUUUGUGCAUUUGUUUUGCUCUAUUUGGAUGCCUGAGGUUUAUGUGGAGGAUCUGACCAAGAUGGAGCCAAUUAUGAAUGUUUCCGGCAUCAAGGAUACACAUAAGAAAUUAGUCUGUAAUGUGUGCAAGGUGAAAUGUGGUGCAUGUGUUCGGUGCAGUCAUGGAACUUGUAGACUUGCUUUCCAUCCUAUAUGUGCAAGGGAGGCAAGACAUAGGAUAGAGGUUUGGGGAAACUAUGGGCAUGAUAGUGUUGAAUUGCGUGCCUUUUGCUCCAAGCACUCUGGGAUUCUUGAUGGCAAAGACAAUUUUCAAGCUGGAGAAGCUUCUUUGAUUCUAAAAAGGGUCUCUGGUGUUAACAAUAGUUUGGCCAAGCUGUCUCCAAAUAAGCAUCACACGAUCAGUGAAAAUGGAGAUAAAUUUGCACCUUGUCUACGAUCUCCUGGUCUUACUACUUCUACUGUUAAAUCUGGAGACUUUGAUCAAGAUGGCCUUGGGUCUUUUGUUUCUAAAGAAAACAGGGAACUUUUAUCAGAUGGGGAUACAUUCCAGAGGAGUAAUCUGUUAAUGUCCCAGAGACCUGUUAUUGAGGAUCCUAGCUCAUCAGGCUCUUUAAGUCUUGCCCUUGUGAUGACUAAGUUAAUUCAUCUUGGAGAAAUCAACGGGAAAGAUGUGGCGACAGAGCUGGGCUGCUCACCUGAUUCCUUAACUGCAAUACUUGCGGAAGACAGAUUAGUCCCUGAAGUUUGGUGCAAAAUAGUCAAAUGGCUUAGCAAUCAUGCUUGCAUGGGUGCCUCCCUAAAGAAUUUAAAAGUUAAGCUUAAGUCUGCAAUGCUAUCCACGUCUGAGGAGACUUGCGAUUUUUCUGAUGUCAUGAUAGAGCAACCGUCUGACAUGACAGGUACUGUAGCUAUAAAGUCAGUUCCUCCAUGGAGAAAAACAAAAAACAACAUUAAGUUUCACAAGAAUGAUGAAACGCGUUGCUUUUCCGAGGACAUGGUGGCUGAAAAUGGUAUGGGGACUGACUUAAGAGUAGAACAGCUGGUCAAUGAAGAACCAGAAGAUGCAAACAAAGCAUCUACUUCCAUUGUAGGUGAAAUGGUUAUCUUAUAGCUAAAUAUUUAUUUGUUAGGGUGCGGUCAUCUUCAUCUCUGUUGAUGUGUGAUUCUUUUGUUGAUGCUUCCUCCCUGAUUUGAUGCGAGGAUAUCACCAUAAAUGUUUUCUUGUUUUUCAUCCUCUCAGUGUGUCCCUUGUGAAACAGUUAGUCCUAGAAGAUCCUACUAGUCGAGGUAGUAAAUAGAUUGUUAAAUGAUAGUGUCAGUGAUUUGCAAGCACCAUAUUCGCCUGAACAUGAAGGCAGCAUGAGAGAUUUCUCAGAGUGUGCUUCUUUAAGAAAGGUUGAGUCAACAGAAAGAGAAGGUUCUGGUAUGGCACUAAAGCAGAAGGAAAUUCUGGUGGAGUCUGAUGUUGAUGCACUUCUCCCUGAUCUGAUGAAAAUGGAUGCAUCUUCCAGCACUUACAUUCACCCUAGUAUCCAUCAGGAACUAAUAAGACUGCACGUAAGAGUGCCCUUCAAUGGUGGAACUAGUGACUAUGAAGGAUUCAAGGAGGUAGAAAUAUCUGGUUUGGAGGCUUCUGCAAAUGUAAACGGUUUCUGUAAUCAUAAGAGCAAAUAUGCAGAGUGCAAUGACAAUGUUUAUGACCCCAAUGGAGGCAGUUCUGAGCAGCUACUUAAGGAUGCUAAAUUGAGAGUUCUUCCGCUGUCUCCAGCAGAUGAAGUUGAAGAAGAAAUAAUUUAUUUUCAGCAUAAGCUGCUCAGUACUGCGGCUCAGAGGAAGAACAUGACUGGAAAUUUGGUUUGUAAUCUAUCUAAGAGCAUACCGAACGAGAUUGAUGCUUCAAGGAAGCAAACAUGGGACUCGGUGCUUGUUAAUCAGUACAUAUGUGAACUCAGGGAAGCAAAGAAAUGGGGAAGGAAGGAGAAGAAGCACAAAGAAGCUCAAGCUAUUCUUGCUGCUGCAACUUCUGCUGCAUCUGCUUCGUCCAGAACUUCUUUCCUUAGGAAAGAUGCUUUUGAUGAGUGCACAAUUAAUGAGAAGCUCAAUGUUUCCAGUGGGAGGCCUGGCUUAUCGUCUCAGUCAAUUCCUUGUCCAAAAGGAACACUAUCAAGGGUGGCACUUCCAAGGAUCUCAUCUGACAAAUAUUCUGAUUUUGUUCAGUCGGUUCCUGAAGUUUCCAAAGAGCAUCCUAGAUCAUGUGAUAUUUGUAGGCGGCCUGAGACAAUACUGAACUGUAUCUUAGUGUGUUCCAGUUGUAAGGUUGCAGUUCAUCUGGAUUGUUAUCGCAAUGUCAAAGAAUCUCCAGGUCCAUGGCACUGUGAAUUAUGUGAAGACUUGUUAUCAUCCCAGCAGUCUGGAGGUCAUUCUUUAAAUUUCUGGGAAAAGCCUUAUUUUGUUGCUGAAUGUGGUUUAUGUGGCGGUGCAACUGGGGCUUUCCGGAAAUGCAUCAAUGGUCAGUGGGUCCAUGCCUUCUGCGCAGAGUGGUUGCUUCAGUCAGUGUUCAGAAGGGGUCAAGUAAAUCUUGUUCAAGGAAUGGAAGAUCUCCUAAAACGGCCUGAUAUCUGCUGCGUGUGCCAUCGUAAACAUGGUGCUUGUUUACGGCUAUGGGCAUUGUCAGACUACAUUUCAUCCCUCUUGUGCAAGAAGUGUGGGUUUUUAUAUGAUGGUCAAGUUCCUCAGUGGCAAGUUUCAGCACAAGGCUUACUGUCAGCAGCAUAGUUUGGAGCAGAGGUUGAAGGCUGAAUCACAGAGGCAUGGUGUUGAUGAGUUAAAGAGCAUCAAACAAAUCAGGGUUGAAUUGGAGAGGUUGCGCCUUCUAUGUGAAAGAAUUAUCAAACGUGAGAAGUUAAAGCGGGAUUUGGUGAUCUGCUCUCAUAGCAUACUUGCCUCCAAAAGGGAUCAUACAGCUCAUUCUGCUCUUGUCCAAAAUCCUUUUUUCCAUCCUGAUGCUAGUUCAGAGUCAGCAACCACAUCCCUCAAGGGAAACACGACAGAUGGUUAUAGUGAUGCCGCAAUUCAGAGAUCGGAUGAAAUCACAGUGGACAGUGCUGCCUCUGUCAAGAAACGGCUCAAGGUCACCAUGUCUACUGAGACCGAGCAGAAAACAGAUGAGAACAGUCUUACUUCCCAACAUACACUCAACAGCAAUAGACCAAUACAGAGGCUGCAAUUUGCUGGGAAGCAAAUCCCCAGAAGAUCUGGUCUCCAUGUUCGUAGUCUAUUAGAUGAAGUAGACUCGACUUCAAGAUCAAGGAAGCGUCUAGAAACAUUGCAGAAGGAGUUGGUGAUGACUUCUGAUCAAGCAAGCAUGAGGAAUCAGCAGUUACCCAAAGGUUAUUUUUACAUUCCAGUAGAUUGCCUUCCAAAUGAGAAGCAAACAACAAUCGACGACCAGGAAGCAUCAUGUCCUGGUGGACCAUUGCUACCGUGAGAGCUAAGUAGCAAAAUUAUUAGGUUUCUUAAGAUCUGUUGGGGUUAAUCGAAUUUGAGAUUUAGUGCUAGUGCUUAGCUUACUGCUGCUGUGCUGUGCCGGCCAGUUGAUUUAAGGUGUUGUGUAUUUUACUUGAGGUAGUAAUUGUACAGUGCCGUGAGGUUGGCUUGGUUCAGUUUGUUAAAAUAGGCAGCAUGCGACAGCAUUGGUAGCAGGAGGCAGAAGCAGCGCUAUGGCAAUACUAGAAUUUACGGUGUUUGUAUGUGGUGAAGCCGGAGCCGUAUUGCUUCUGUCUCCUGCGUUGAAGUGAUUGGGGAGGUGUUUCAUGAUGUAAAGUUCUAUGUAAAUAUUUUGUUACAGGGUACAAAAGUUCUGUAAUCCAAUCAUAUCAAUGGAAAAUUUUAAGCAACAACGGGUCUGCGCUUGCUAAUUUCGCCUAUUUUGUUAAGUAUUUUUUGAACCCAGACUUGAUUUUUUAGUACACCAUAGAAAUUCCUUCCCACUCAAUGUAAC